CUUGGACAAGCUAGCAAUAUCCCAGCCCAGGUGCUUCCUUCGGGUGAUGUAGCAGCUGUGAACCGAAAGGGUGUUACAGCGGAAUGGUCCGUGGUUCGAACCCGACUUCUGCCACUCGACUUGCCCUGUCUAGGCCUGGGCGACCUGGCAGUAUCCCAGCACUCGUGCUUCCUCCAGGUGCCAUGGCAGCUAGACACAGGAAGAAAGUUACAGCUGAACGAUUACUUUAUUAUUUUAGACGAAUUCACUGGCAUACCUAGAAAGGAUACCGCGACCGAGAAGGACAAAACUUUUGGAGAGCUCUCCGUACACUCACACGUUCGGAAGUCUGAGAAUACAAAGAACGUAUUAUGUUCACAAACUUCCGGGGCAUUCCUUGGUGGGCAAGCGUCUCAAGAAGAACAGACCGAUCAACCGAGUCGAAUGCGCCUCGGAAAUCCAGGAAUACUAGAAUUGUGGGUCGCUUAUACGUAUGGCGUUGUUCUAGCACCUGACGCACUCAAGUGGUUAGAGCGCGAAUUUACUGACCGAAAGGUCUAUGGUUCGAACCCGAAUUGCGCCUCUCAACUCCCCCUGUCUACUCUUGGGCAACCUGGCAGUAUCCCAAUCCUCGUGCAACCUUCAGGUGGCAUAGCAGUUAGCCACCGAAAGGGUGCUACAGCUGAA